AUGACUCCCCACUUACCUAAUCCUCAUCUGCAAUCGUCCAAUUCCACCGCCAACAUUUUUCUGGGAGGCGUGCGGCGAUCGUGGAUGGACAUUCUUCCUUCUGAUUCUUCCACCGCCACGACGACUACUGCUGCCACCACCACCACAUCCUCCGCCAUUCCCUCGACUGUUUCGCCUCCAGUCUCCACUGUGACUGUGACGCCUGCGCCUCCUGCGGGCGGUCCAGGUAUGCGAGAUUCUGCCCGCGUGCCUCCCGCAUUAUCUGCUCCGGAGAAUGUUGUCUUCCCACCUCGACGUCAAUCGAACUUGACACUCUCCGAGAUUGUCGGUCCUUCUCCGCAGCCUCGAUCCCCGAGUCGUCCUAGCCAGCCUCCUCUCGCAUCAGGUCGUGGUCCCGCGUCUCCUGUGAUCGUGACCGACGCGACGGCACCCACAGCGACGACAACAAUAACAACAACAACAGCAACCACGGCAUCAGCACUCCCCCCUGCUCUCACACCACAAUCUCCCUCACUUUCUGUAUUCAAUCAACAGAACUCCUCUGUCAACCUGAAAACAACGUCGCAGGAGGCAACCGGCGUGCCAACCCCGCCGCCAACGAGGACGAACGGAGGUGUAGGCAAUGUUCCGAAGGUCUCGUCAGGGUCGGAGGUGCAACAUGAGGCUCUCAGAAACCCGCAACAGACACGCACCCCGAACUUGCAGACAACUCAUGCGCAUCCUCCGGUCUCGAGACCGCGCCAACCACGACAGCCACCAUCCCCUGCGGGGGCGCAAGGACGAGCUCCCACCAUUGACAAUGUGUUCUUCGAUAACUCUGUUAGAAACGUGGGGGGCUUUGCAGCUCACUUGGAGAAGAGCGGGUAUUAUUCAGGCUCGUUCGAGCAAGCCCGGCUACGGCUUCUGGCCAAAGCGUGUGGCCAGCGGGACUGCAUGUAUCUGAUGAUGCAUCAGGUGUAUUGCUUAUACAGUUUAGCCCCGACGGAGUUCUUGAAGCUGCCAGGAUUUACAGCGCAUGAAGCGCGGGGCCUAUCGGUAUUUGAGAGAGCUAUGGUGGCCAACCAUCUCCUCUCACCUGAGUUCCUCCAAUGGUGUGCUCAUUUCCCGGGACAGAUCACAGUCUUGAUGCAAAGACCCGUCUUUCGUGCGGCAAUGGAGGAGGUCUUGCUGUGCCUGAGGCGUCUAGCGGACCAGUGGAAGCCAUAUAUAGACCAUGUCUUCCUGCGUGGCUUCCCCCCUUUCGUAGCAGAGCUGACGGAGCGUUUUGGCAUCACCUCGAUAACGCUGGCAUACAUUACCUUUCUGUCAACUUGUCGACAGCUCCCGGGGCCCAGUGAUGAGUCUGCGUUGAAAGUGGUCUGGGACCAGGAUCUGAGUUUUUACGUUCAACGCUGCAGAUCGUCCACCGUCGCAUCGAAGGCUCAGAUCGAUCAGGAAAACUCCCAGGUUAUACGAUCAUACCGGUCAAUUGCUGUCCCUGAAAAUACAGCUCCUGCAGGGCAGCAAAAAGCGUGCCAAUCGUCCUUGCAGUCGCCCAAUGUCCCGGCUCCAAUAUCCACCACGAGAACGAGGAUCCCGCCAUUGUCGGCCGUGACUCGGCCCACCGGCAUCCCGAGUCCGCAGCCCUCGCAAUCUCCCCAGAUGCCCGUUUCGCAACCAGGUCAACCAAGAUCCGGCGUCGACAGCGCACGGACGAGCGCAUCUCAGACCCCUUCCUCAUCUUUUGCUGUUUUGCCAACAUCCGGUCAUGGAGAAGGAAAUCCAAGGCCUGGCCGGCCUGCCGCUGCGACGCCGCGGAUGUCGGCGGGCAUUCCGAACCAACGUCCUGCGACCUCUCAUGUGCGUGGUGAACCCUAUAGCAGAGUAACUGGGGGUCAGCCGGCCGCCAUAUCAAUCCCAGCGUCGUCCGGAAAUGGCGGUAUUCCCCCCCCAGUAACCACUCCGCUCCAGAUGGUAUUUCCUUCUCAGAUUGUGCAGUCCCAGUUGGCUGGCCAGACCUCGUCCCCAACACAGCUCCCGACGCCAAUCUCUGUCCCAGCGCAGAUGCGAACGGCUACGAGGCAUGAUAUGGUUCAGCGGCCGGCCAUGACUAGGGCUCCUGCCAGCCAGCAGUUGCCUACGUCUCCAAUGCCGUUGCUACCCCCACCCGGCUAUGUCCCGCCGAGCACUUCGCGGCCGAAUCCAAACCGUGAUGCACUUCACCAGGCCCAUCUUCGAAGCCCGAUCAACGAGCUGCACCCACCGGAGGAGGCGGGACAGCAGGAGGCAACGCUGUUCCAAUACUUGAGUGCGUUCGCAGUGGCCCCCACGCCGCUUGGUCGGGAUGAAUGUGCGUUUAGUUGGGAUUUCUCGCUCUCACAGGCUGACCUCGAUCGGGCUCCCCUGUGCCGGAUUCCCCCGGUAGGACACCGCCUGAUGCGCCUGUAUAGGGAUGGCACCCAGGUUCAUCGGUUACGGUGUAUCCGUGUAAGCCCGUCCACCACCGAGGUGUCCCAACAUGCAUGGAGCAUCACAGAGUCGACAUGGCCCAGCGUUGUAUACGUGUUCAUCAAUGGGGUAGAAGCUUUUGUGCGUCGACGCGUACACAACGGCAAAGACCUCCCCUUGGAUAUCACCCAGUAUUUGCGCCUGGGCACCAAUACAGUCUCUUUACAUUUCAUUCGUAACGCUGCCGAAUCGGAGGACCUGACGUAUGCCAUGGGCGUUGAAGUCCUCGAUAUGGCUAGCUUCUCUCGAGUGAAAGAGCUCGCACAAUCACUGACCUCGCCAGAGUCUCGCGAGCAGAUCCGUAAGCGCCUCUCGCCCGACCACCAGGAUGACGAGGUGAGUAUCGUCAGCGAAGAUCUUAUCAUCGACCUAGUGGACCCUUUCACUGCAAAGGUGUUUAACCGGCCUGUACGUGGACGAUUCUGCGGUCAUCAGGAGUGCUUCGACCACGACACGUGGAUCCUGACACGGGCAUGCAAGUCGGGCCAGCACCCGCUGCAAGAAAACUGGAGCUGUCCUAUAUGCGGCCAAGACGCGCGUCCCCAGAGUUUGAUCAUCGACUGUUUCCUGGAGGAGGUGCGCGCGGAGCUGGAGUGCACAAAUCAACUGGAAAGUACCAGAGCCAUCCAGAUCAAGGCCGAUGGCUCCUGGCAAGUGAGAGCCGAAACCAAGGCCUCUGACCAAAGCGUACCAGACCGUGCUGCAUCGAAAAGAAAGCUCGAUGGUACUUCAGCAUAUCCCUCCUCAGUCUCCCAAAGACCCAAGAUCGAACGAUCACCAUCCUUGAACGGUCACCAUGAUGCCGGACGUGCGCAUCGGCAAUCUCCCGAAGUCAUUUCUUUAGACUGA